GGCGCAACUCAUGUCCUCCUCGCGGGACCCACUUCUGACAAAACACGUCCUCGUCCCGCUCUCUACUUAUAUACCUCCUUUGUAUAUCCCCUGUUCAUUUUUUGUAUCCAUUACCACUAUAUCCUUUACUUGCACUGUAUUCAUUUGCACAAUGUCCCCGAAACACCACCAGAAACAUCAUGCCAAACGCCACCAUGAACGCCAUCAUGAACACGCUACAAUAAUCCAACAGUUUAGAGAGCAACUUGUACAGGAAGACUUGCUGCAUGAAGAGGACUCUAUCGGUAUCGAUGAUCACACACUACUUCGAUUCCUUCGUGCCCGCCAUUUCAAUUUGAAACAGUCCAAGCUUAUGUGGAAGAACUGCCAGGAUUGGCGCAGCAACGUAGAAGGCGUUGGUAUUGACGAGCUUUACCGACGAAUCGAUCCGUGGGAUUAUCCUGAACGAGAGCAUGUCUUUAAUUGCUGGCCAUUAUGGUUCCAUAAGACUGACAAGAAAGGUCGACCCUUGAACAUCCAUUUCUUUGGUGGUAUCAAUAUGCCCGAACUGUACAAACACAUUUCACCGGAACGCCACUGGCAAACCGUUCUCGUCAACUGCGAGUCUCUAACUCGUGAGGUGCUCCCUGCCACUGCACACUCGCUAGGGAAGCCAGUCGACGGCACUUUUGUCAUUGUAGAUCUCAAGGGCUUCAGCUUAAGCCAAUUUUGGCAGAUGAAGAACCUUGCAAGACAAUCCUUCCAAGUAUCUCAAGACUACUUCCCCGAAACGAUGGCCCAAUUAGCGAUCGUCAAUGCGCCUUCGUCCUUCACCACUAUCUGGUCCUUCAUUAAGCCCUGGCUCGCCAAAGAGACUCAACAGAAAGUAGACAUUCUCGGGACAGACUACCAGAAAGUGCUCCUCGAUCUUAUAGAUGCCGAAAACCUCCCCGAAUCACUUGGUGGCAAGUGUACUUGCCCUGAGGCAGGUGGCUGCGACAAGAGUAAUGCAGGCCCUUGGAACGAGGGUCGUAAAGAGAGAAGAGAGCAAUGGUUGAGAGGCGAGGGCGAACCUCAUCUAGGUGCCGACUUGUUACAAACACCAAGACAAUCACCUUCGGCGAGUCAGAGCACAGUGGUAGUAGAGGUAGAAAUGGAAAUGACGGUGGAAAUGGAGGUGGAAGUCGAAGUCGAGGCGGAGGUAUCGAACCAAAUCGACGCAGAGGAAACGAAAUCCCAAAUUACCACUAUCACUUCGACAAGUGACUCUCUAGCGGAGUCGAGCUCAUCCGAAAGCACGCCUGCACCGGCCACCCCACCGAUUGAUGAACUUCAAGACCGAUUCGAACAUACGUCUUUGCACGAGCAUAUUCAUGAUAAUUCUGAACACCACCCGCUCACUCUCACGCAGGAAGCGUCGAUUCGGGAAGUGGUUGAGAAACACCCGGAUACUAGGCAAGUACAGAAUGGCGACUUGCACAAAGAACAGGAGAUUAAGACUGUUACAUGAAUUAAUGCGCUUCUAUUAGAAAGGUUGACUGCGAUUCACAAACAUCAGAACAAUAGAGCUAUCAAUAGUAUGGAACAUAUUCCCUUUUCGUCCUCAUCGUCAGCAUCCUCACAUUCGAAACUCCCCGCCUUGAAUCUCUACUUCGUCGUCGUAUGUAUCAUCCGUUGCGUUUGUAUCAUUAUACUCUGUGCCGCAUGUGUUAUAGGUUUCCUCCCUGUUUACCCGUCUUGUCAUCCACAUCUUUUCUUAGUUGAGCAUUCCUUGUAGCUGUAAUUAUUAUGCGCAUUCUGUGGAGAGUGCUGAAGCAAGUCUUCUGACAGACACAGUCUGAAGAUAAAGAGCACAAUGGAUUAAUGACU